UCUAAUCGUAUAUAUAAUCGAAGAACAUACAGAAUUAAUGGAAGACGUUCGAAACAGUUUAAACUGGCUUCAUUUGUCAUGAUUAUAACUGAAAUUUUUGGACUUAUUAUAAUUUCAUUCUGUUUAUCCAGAUUUACUUCCUCGAUUUACGGAAAUUACAACGAGAUUAAUAAAUUUUCCUCAUGCGGAUUUUCUCUGGUUUUUAAAUUGAAGAUGCUGAAUUUUAUGAAGAGAUUCGGGAAAACACCCAUUGGAAUUUCUUUCGGUGGAUUUUUUCGGGUCAAACGCAAUUUCCCGAUUAAAAUGCUGAGUAGUCUUUACUCUAUUCUUUCUGCACUCAUCGAAUUGGGAAAGAAAAAUAAAAGUACGAAAUGUACUUCAUCACGUUUCCUGAAUGCGAGUAAUAUUCAGAACACAUCACUGUAUUGAGAACGUU